AUGCAAGAGCUGCUACAAAGGGAACAGUCCAGCGAAGGCGUAGACGAUUACAUCCACCACAUGCGGCGGCUAGCUUUUCGUUUCCAGAAGCCUCUCCGAGACCGUGAACUGGUGAAAAUAAUAAAGCGCUGUAGGGCGGCAAAACCUUAUGUUAACUCUAUCAUCAUAGUGUCCGAGCAGCGUCUCGAUAGCUCGUCGCCCAAAGUGGAACUGUUUGAGGUUGACUUUGAGCCCGAAGAGAAGUUUGUAGAGGAACAGCUCGAACAAGAGGAGGAAGAAACUUCAAUAGCAACAGUGAAGACAGAGGAAAGCAAUGUCAAACAACGCUCCCAGCAUCGACGCAAAUCCUAUAAUCCCGCUCUACAAUGCCCGAUGUGCAGCAAGCAGCUGAGCACGAGUAACUCCUUUAAAUAUCACAUGCAAUUGCAUGGCGAGGAUCGUCCCUAUGUGUGCAACAUUUGCGGCGAUUCAUUCAAGACACGCAACACAUACGAUGACCAUGCAACGCUCCACAAUCCCAACAAUUCGAACAAAUGUCGCACGUGCGGCAAAACGUAUCGUCAGGCCUCUUCACUGCGCUCCCAUCUCUUGAGCCACACCGGUGUCAAGCCCUUCACCUGCGACAUAUGCGGAAAGGGUUUAACACAGAAGUCCGGCUACAAGAAGCACAUGCUGACGCACACGGGCGAAAAGCCGCACACCUGCGACAGCUGUGGACGCAGCUUCCGCUACUCCAGCAAUUUGAUUGCCCACAAACGUUCGCAUUCCCGCAAAGUUGGUGCCGUCGAUCAACAAAAGGAGCAGCUCGAAUAAUGCUAUAUGUACGACCAUAUAUAUAUAUAUAGAAGAAGCCACCACGAAGCCAAAACACUUUCACCUUAUGAAAACCUUAUGUACAAGAAUCAACAAACAUCAAUCGGCAAGUUGCUGUUAAGUUUAGUUCUAAGUGAUUAAGAUUAGAAUUCGGCUGGCACCGCAUUUUCCAUUUUGGAUAUUCAUGCCCUGCGGCAAACUUAAUAUUAACAUAGAAUAAGUAAGGUACAUUUAAAUAUUUUUUAAAUGUAUAAAU